AGUAGGCAGCGUUACGAAGAAACACUGAAUUCUUGUUUGCUCUAAAUGCGAUCCUAAACAUGCUUUCCAAAUUGCAAUUAUACCCAUCAUUGAUUCGUACGUAGUAUACGGUAUACCCAACAACUGCUGGCACACUAAAUGUUUUUUAGCGCAUAGUUUUCAUCACAAUACAUUUCCUACGAGGCAGGAAGCAGCGCCGACUGGAACGAAUAUCUGCAAGGCAUUACUUCAGUCUACAGAUUUGGCAUUUCUGUCGUUGUUAUCAUGAAGUGCAUUCUGGUAGCUCUCCUUCUCGUUACGUGCACCGAAAGUAGUGUCGUCCGCCUGCGCCGGCAACUGCCUGGAUUGGACAGUCUGGGCGCCUUGGCCGGUGGCAGCCCGUUAGGCGGUUUGACUGGCGCUCUGGCUGGUCAGCCGGGUGGCGGAGCAACCGCUGGUGGUGCCGGCUGCACAGCCGACACAAUUGCACUCUGUGGAAUUCCGCUGUGCAAGAAUCAGUUAGGUAGCGGCGGUAACGUGCAGGUGAUCAGCGGUGGCAAUACCGGUGGCGCGGCUUCCAGUGGUGUCUGUCCACCGCCUUCUGUGUGCAGCAUGUGUGCCGGCGCAAGUAUCCUCCCAGGUUGACUUCCCAAGGCAACUUCCCGUGACUGGAGUCUACGGAUUUUUAAUCAUUAGGCCGUUUGUUGAUACGCUCCUAUAUGGUCUACAUGCUGUCUGCUCAUUUUUAAUUAUUUUCCGAAAGGAAAAAAUUGUGGUCGCUCGUGUGUUUCUGGUACUGAACGAAUAAAUUUUGGUUUCCUAUUGG